CUAUCGCUGGUGCCCUAGAAGACCCCUCUGGCGACGGCGACUUACUUGAAGAGGCUGUGGAUCAUAAAGUUACUGGUAUGGCUGCCGAGGACGAGAUACACUUGGAACUACCGGCCCCUGCCUCUGACACUGCGGAUGCGUCAAGUCCCGUCGAAAACACUAUCAUUUCUCCUACCUGCACCAACGCGACGAGAGGCGAUGGUACAGCUGUGACCAUUGCCACUGGAGUUCUGGACAGUCCGGUCGUUGAGGAAGGGUCCUCCGUGGUCGGCUUCGAAGAGGACGAGAUGCAGGUCGACUUCGCUGUGGAGUCAAACUUGGACGAACAGCCUCCACCGGAUGACAUCGGACUUGUCCAAGGGUCCUCAGAAUACAUUCCCGUCGCUCUCGCCUCCGAACCUACAGCGGCCGCAGACGACAGUCCAGCUUUCGAUGAUGUGGCACCGAUGCAAGUCGAUGAUUGGACCGAAGUUCCUGCGGAGGCCUCUGUGGAGAUGCAGUUGGACGAACCUGACCUAGUGGAUGACAACUUCGCCCCGACCUCAUCUCCCCUGCCUUCGUCGUCUCCGCCAUUCAUGUCGUCGUCGCCGCUACGGUCUUCCAGCCCACCCUACAUAUUCUCUUCUCCGCCGCGUGCGGGCUUCGGCAGCUCUCCGCCUUCUUCGCCUGUUCCUUACCCUCGGGGAUCUAAACGCAAGAGCGUGUCUUUCUCUUUUGACGACGAAUCUGUGACCCAACAAGAAGGCACAUCGAAGGCUGCUCAGAAGAAGAGGGCGUUAUGGGACGUCGACAGCUCUGACGACACUACCUUCAAUGAAAUCGCCGAUGCAAGCUCCCCAGGGUUACGAGAGAUCGAAUCGAAGCGAGUGAAACUUGACCCCGACAUGCCCUACACAUCAAGUGCGACUUUACCACAACCGAAGCGUCAGACGUUGGCGUCCCAGCUGAGACAGCGCCAGAAGCUGGUCGCACCAUUCCGGUCGCCGCUCGUCGACAAGGAUGCUGCCCGCCACGGAGUCGACGCUGUCUACGCUAGCGGCAAGAACAGAGCCGGGCUCGUGACAAAGAAACGCGAUGCAGACAUGCAGGUCGACGACAGGUCCGCAAGCAUGCAAGCGGCACAGGAGCGAGUUGGUGCCGUCUCGUUGCAGCCUCAGGCAACGAAGGACUACACUCCGAAGGUAGCAAAGCAGUUCAAGUCACCUCUGCAUCUGGGCUCGAGCAGCUCCUCUUCUCAGCCUACGACGGCAGUCUCGAGCGUGCAAGCGGUCCCCACGAUACGAGCACUGCAAGCCCAGAUUCAGACGCUGAAGCAGGCUAUCAAGAUCAAGACCUCCGGCGGCGGCAACGACGAAGACGAGCUCGAGGAGCUGGUGGUCAAGUGGACGACUGUCGGGAGGGAGGUCGCCUGGGCGGUUUGGGACACGGUAAAGGACCUCGACCCGGGCGAGGCCGCGAAUAUGGGCAAAGAUGGUCGUCGUGACGGCGGACGCGGUGGAGGAUGGGGCUUUGAUGACAGCUCGAACCAACCCCAGAACGGUGGUGUAGGGGAAGAAGAGGAAGGCGGGUCCAAGGACGACGACGAAGAGCCUCAUUUCAGCACACUCUUGACUUUGGGUUGGGAUGAAGAGGAAGGGGACUUGUGGACGUCGACUGAAACCGUAGCGAUGAACCUUUGUCUUGUAGAAACUGAUGCAGUUCUGUGACUGCUUGUUGUCGGGUGUUGCAACUAGUUCUAUGGCAUUAUUGCAACGAA